CGGUCAUGUGAUCAGCUGUGUCCAAUCACAACUGAUCACAUGGGACAUGUACACUGAUCAUCAGGGCACUGGUGAUCAGUGUGCCCUGAUGAUCAGUGUGGCCCCAGAAGUGCCACCUGUCAGUGCUCAUCAGUGCCAUGUGCCAGUGCCCAUCAGUGCCACGUGCCAGUGCCCAAUCAGUGCCACAUAUCAGCGCAUACCAGUGCACAUCAAUGCCACAUAUCAGUGCCCAUCUGAGCUGCCUUUCAAUGUCGCCAAUCAGUGCCACCUAUCAGUGCCAGUCAGUGCCGCCUAACAGUGCCAGUCAGUG